AUGGAAACACACAUGCCUGACUUUGCUCUACCUUCCUCACACCUGACUCUCAAUGGACAGAAGACAGCAAAAUCAGCAAUGGACUCUUUUUCAGCCUACAACAGCAAAUACCUCACUGUUCCUCAGAACCGGACUUCCUGGCACAGAAAUGGGACCAGUGGAGCUCUUGAAGCGUCAGAGGUGUCUUAUAGAAGUUCUAUUAUCAACAACUAUGUGGAAGGGACCCUGUCGGGGGUGAGGGACAAGGCGUCCCCGAGUGGCCUGCACUUCAGGGACAGCAAGAGGAAGGUCGACUAUGUCUUGGCCUACCACUACCGCCGGAGCCUGGCCCGGCACGCGCCUGGCGUGGCCUCCCCAGAGCUGCGGUGCGGAUCCCCCUCCGUGGCGCUGGUUUCCAACGGAGGCACUGGGAAGGGCCGUGACCCCCAACAGCAGCAGGAGCAUGGCCAGUGUGUCCUGCCCGAGUGGCCGGGGCUGCCGGGCCUGGGGCUGGUGGAGCUGGGCCCGCUGGACGCCCUGGAGGAGGAGAGGCGGCUGCAGCGGGAGGAGUAUGAACGCAACCUGCUGGAAGCGGGGCUGGAGAUCGAGAAAGACCCCGAGAACAAGAGCCAAGGACUGAGUUUUGUCCGUAUACAUGCGCCUUGGCAAGUCCUCAGUCGAGAAGCAGAACUCCUUAAAAUAAAAAUGCCCACUAAAAAGAUGUAUGAAAUCACAGAAGAAAAGGGAAUACUUAAAACUUUAAAUGAAAUAUGGUGCAAAUUGACUGAACCUCUGCAACCCCAGGUGCCACAACAAGAAAACACCAAGAUGAAAACCUUGUCCUACCCGUUUUCCAGAGAGAAAAUAUAUAUGUAUAACAUCAAAGACAGAGACACCUUUUUUGACAAUGCAACCCGCAGCCGAAUAGUGAGGGAAAUUCUGAAGCGCACAUCUACAAAGGCCAGAAGCAGCAUGGGCAUUGGCACAUUAAUAGCAAACAAUGUUUAUGAUGCAGCCUACCCACUUCACGAUGGUGAAUAUGAAGGCCAAAAUGAUGACAUGAAUGAAAGAAAGCUGCUGUAUCAAGAAUGGGCAAGAUACAGAGUGUUUUACAAGUUUCAGCCUAUCGAUCUCAUAAGGAAGUAUUUUGGAGAAAAGAUAGGACUUUAUUUUGCAUGGCUGGGUUUAUACACAGAAUUCCUCAUUCCAUCUUCAGUAGUUGGGAUUAUUGUAUUUCUAUAUGGAUGUGUAACCAUCGAAAGUGACAUUCCUAGCAAGGAGAUGUGUGACCAGCGCAAUGCCUUCACCAUGUGUCCCCUGUGUGACAAGUUCUGUGAUUACUGGAACCUCAGUUCUGCCUGUGCCACCGCUCGAGCGAGUCACUUGUUUGACAACCCUGCCACGGUUUUCUUCUCCAUCUUUAUGGCUCUCUGGGCUACCAUGUUCCUUGAACAAUGGAAGCGUUUGCAGAUGAGAUUGAGUUACUUCUGGGAUCUGACUGGACUAGAAGAAGAAGAAGAGCAUCCCAGGCCAGAGUACGAAACCAAACUGCUGCAGAAAAAGCUAAAAAAUAAAAACACCACAACAGAAAAUUCAAAUGAGAAUGAAAAGGAGAAGCUGACAUGGAGUGACCGCAUGCCUGGAUAUGCAGCAAACUUCGGACUCAUUUUAUUUAUGAUCAUGCUGACGUUUUCAGCAGUGUUCGGUGUCAUCGUGUACCGAAUCACCACAGCAGCGGUUUUGUCCUUCAGCACAAACGAGACAACCAGGUCCAACGUCCGAGUGACCGUAACUGCCACUGCUGUUGUCAUUAACCUCGUGGUGGUCCUCAUCCUCGAUGAAAUUUAUGGAGCUGUGGCCAAAUGGCUGACAGAAAUCGAAAUACCAAAGACAGAGAAAACUUUUGAGGAAAGACUGAUUUUGAAGGCAUUCCUACUGAAGUUUGUGAAUUCUUACGCAUCAAUUUUUUAUGUUGCCUUUUUUAAAGGAAGGUUUGUUGGCCGUCCUGGUCGUUAUGUGUAUGUGUUUGAAGGUUAUAGGAUGGAAGAGUGUGCACCAGGAGGGUGUCUGAUGGAGCUCUGCAUUCAGCUGAGCAUCAUCAUGCUCGGAAAGCAACUGAUACAAAACAAUCUCUUUGAAAUUGGAAUCCCGAAGCUCAAGAAGCUCUUCAGGAAGCUGAAGGAUGAAAGAACUGAGCUAAAGGAAAUGGACACCAACCAAUCAAAGGACCCUCAGCAAUGGGAUCUCGACUACAUCUUGGAACCUUUCACUGGGCUGACUCCAGAAUACAUGGAAAUGAUUAUCCAGUUUGGCUUUGUCACACUCUUUGUUGCCUCCUUCCCUCUGGCCCCCGUCUUUGCUCUUCUGAACAACAUCAUCGAGGUUCGUCUUGAUGCAAAAAAAUUUGUCACUGAGCUGAGGAGGCCUGACACAGUGAGAGAAAAAGAUAUAGGUAUUUGGUAUAACAUCUUGAGUGGUAUCGGAAAGCUUUCAGUGAUCAUUAAUGCUUUUGUUAUCGCUGUCACCUCUGAUUUCAUCCCACGCCUUAUGUAUCAAUAUGCAUUCAGCCAGAAUGGAACCAUGCAUGGCUUCAUCAAUCACACCCUCUCAUACUUCAAUGUCAGCCAGCUCAAGGCUGGGACACAGCCAGAAAACUCCCUGUUUGCACAGGAGGUUUCAUUCUGCAGGUUCAAAGACUACAGAGAACCACCUUGGUCCCCACACCAGUACGAGUUUUCUAAGCAGUACUGGGCAGUCUUAUCUGCGCGCUUGGCUUUCGUGAUUCUAUUUCAGAACCUGGUGAUGUUCCUCAGCGUUCUGGUUGACUGGAUGAUCCCUGACAUCCCCAAAGACAUCAGUGAACAGAUUAAAAAGGAGAAGACCAUGCUUGUUGACUUCUUCCUGAAGGAAGAGCACGAAAAGCUGAAGCUGAUCGAAAGCUUUAUGGCACGUGACAAGCAGAAACGCAGGAGUGGGACCAAAAGCAAAAGGACCAGGGCUGCCAGCUUCUCCCAGUGUCACCGCAGCCCCAAGGGCAGCUUCACCUCCUUCAGCUCUCAGCACACCGUGGUGUGAUUCCUGAGGGAAGGGAGCAGCCUGUGCUGACCUCUGCUUACUGCGUGAUGUGAUUCCGAGCCUGGA